AUGGGCAAACUGGGAAUGAGAACUGACCCCAAACUGGUUGCUCCCAAGGCUCGUGUGGAGAGGAUGGAACAAUUCCAGAAGGAGAAGGAGGAGCUGGACAAAGGUUGUAGAGAAUGUAAGAGGAAACUGGGAGAGCUCCAGAAGAAGAUGAAGGACCUGGAAGUGGUGGAAGAAGGAACUGGGACAGGAGAGUUGGAGAAGCUUCAAGUUGAAGCUCAACAGUUGAAGAAGGAGGAGAAGAACUGGGAGAAGAAGUUGGAAGAGCUGAAGAAGAAGGAGAAGAACAUGCCCUGGAACGUGGACACGCUCAGCAAGGAUGGGUUCAGUAAGGUGAGAACCUCCUGGGUGACCCAAUUUUGGGGGGCUGGGAUCUCCUUUGGGGACCCAAUUUUGGGGGGGAUCCCCAAAUCCCAUCCCCCCUCAUUCCCCCCAUUCCCAGGGAUGUUACGACGCUGGGAUGACAGCCAGAAAUUCCUGGGGGAAAACCCCCAACUGGUGUGUGAGGAAACAGCCAAUUACCUGGUGAUUUGGUGCAUCGACCUGGAGGUGGAAGAGAAACAUGCCCUGAUGGAGCAGGUUGCCCACCAGACCAUUGUCAUGCAGUUCAUCCUGGAGUUGGCCAAGAGCCUCAAGGUGGAUCCCAGGGCCUGUUUCCGACAGUUCUUCACCAAAAUUAAG